UAGCGCCCAGACCGGGGACCUUGGGGAGAACGGGCUCCCAGAGUGCCUUGGGACUGGUCGCUCUCUAAGUGCCGCGGGCGGGUCGCGUGGCGCUGGCCUUGCCAGUACUGAGGACCUGCGGGCUGGGCUGUACAGAACUGCGGCGAUGUGGUGCGGCAACGGGCGCCUCGGGGUGCGUUUCGGCUGCCUGUGCAGCAGUGUCUGGGCCAGAGCACCGGCCCGCCGCCUGCGCUGGACCGGCUGCAUCGACCGUAAGGACCUCCCUUCCAUGGGACUAAAUGAGGAACAGAAAGAGUUUCAAAAAGUGGCUUUUGACUUUGCUGCCCAGGAGAUGGCUCCAAAUAUGGCAGAGUGGGACCAGAAGGAACUGUUCCCUGUGGAAAUGUUGCGAAAGGCAGCGCAGCUAGGCUUUGGGGGAGUCUAUGUUCAAACAGAUGUUGGUGGGUCUGGACUGUCACGCCUUGAUACCUCUGUCAUCUUUGAAGCCUUGGCUACAGGCUGUACCAGUACCACAGCCUACAUAAGCAUCCACAACAUGUGUGCUUGGAUAAUUGAUCGCUUUGGAACUGAGGAACAGAGGCACAAAUUUUGCCCACCGCUUUGUACUAUGGAGAAGUUUGCCUCAUACUGCCUCACUGAACCAGGAAGUGGGAGUGAUGCUGCAUCUCUUUUGACCUCUGCUAAACUACAAGGAGAUCAUUACAUCCUCAAUGGUUCCAAGGCCUUCAUCAGUGGGGGUGGUGAAUCAGACAUCUACGUGGUCAUGUGCCGAACUGGAGGACCAGGCCCCAAAGGCAUCUCCUGCAUAGUUGUUGAGAAGGGGACCCCUGGCCUCUGCUUUGGCAAGAAGGAGAAAAAGGUGGGAUGGAACUCCCAGCCAACCCGAGCUGUAAUCUUUGAAGACUGUGCUGUCCCUGUGGCCAACAGAAUUGGAAGUGAGGGACAGGGAUUCCUCAUUGCUAUGAAAGGACUGAACGGAGGGCGGAUCAAUGUUGCUUCCUGUUCCCUGGGGGCUGCUCAUGCUUCAGUCAUCCUAACCCGAGACCACCUCAAUGUCCGGAAGCAGUUUGGAGUACCUUUGGCCAGGAGCCAGUACUUGCAAUUCCAGUUGGCAGAUAUGGCAACACGGCUGGUGGCUUCAAGGCUGAUGAUCCGUACUGCAGCAGUGGCUCUGCAAGAAGAGCGGGAAGAUGCAGUGACGCUCUGCUCCAUGGCCAAGCUCUUUGCUACAGAGGAAUGUUUUGCUAUCUGCAACCAGGCUGUACAAAUGCACGGAGGGUAUGGCUACCUGAAAGAUUAUGCUGUUCAGCAGUACAUGCGGGACUCCAGGGUCCACCAAAUUCUAGAAGGUACUAAUGAAGUGAUGAGGAUGCUUAUCUCGCGAAGCCUGCUUCAGGAGUAGCACAAAUGCUUGUUAUGUGGGCUCUUGGGUUCGAGAUGAAUCAUGGAUUGGAGUGAAGGGCUGAGCUCUUCCAAGGUAGGCUGCAGAGCUGCCCUGUGUUGGUGUCAACACUGGCUCUCAGAUUGGAACAAAAUUCUCCUGAUUAGAAAUGUCAAAGAAGACCUACCAACUUAUUUUCCUAAUGCUGGACUAUUCAAAACCAAAGUCUUGUCUUAGACCUUCAUUGUCUUGAUUUGUCUUUUCACUGGAUUCCUUUGGGGGCCUGGGCACUUGCAUUGAGACUUUUCCCAGUUAGAGCAAGGGCAAGGGGAAGGAGAAUACCCUCUUGUCUUGCUGUUGUUUGUAUGCAGUGUCAAUAGCUCUGGAUUUCACACCUCUGGAUAUAAAUCAUGAUAAAAGGAGUAUUUGGGAAAAUUUGUAAGCUGUGAUUUAGGGUAUAGCUCUGCUUCUGGACUACAUGAAUAUCAAGGGCUAAGAAUAUUUGAUGUUGCCUUUUCUUUUUAAGAAGCUGAUAGUCUCAGAAUUGUAAUCAAGGUUUCUAUAGCCCUUGAGAAGUACUUUAAAUUUAUUUUCUGAAUUUUUUUCCUUUUUUGUAGUUGCUUCUCUUUUUAAAUAUUUUUGAUCAGUAAAUUAAUAAAUGAAACCUACCCCCUUCUGUACUGUUUCCAUGUCUACUAAGGUUGGCUUUUGUUGUUGUUGUUGUUGUUUUUGUUUUUUGAGACAAGGCCUUGCCAUGUACUUCAGGCUGUU